UCUAACAACGACGCGUCGAUCAUACAAGUCCAGGGCAACACGACGAUUGAUGAUGCUGUUCAGUCUCGAUUGAAACAUGAAGACGCGAUCUUGACGCCGCGCAGCUAAACUGCUGCAACCACUACAGUAUCAUGAACGGCAUUCCGCAUUCUCAAUUGGCACCUCUGCCUGACCAGGUGCCAUUCCGGAUAGUCUCACCCACAAUUGGUUCCGGUGCAUAUGCAUGCAUAAAGAAAGCCGCUCCUCUGCGAGAAGAAACUCCUGUCUUCGCCGUCAAGUUCAUAAACAAGCUGUUCGCACAAAGAUAUGGCCGGAUUAAACAGAAACAGCUGGAGAUGGAGAUAUCCUUACACAAACAUCUCGGAUUCCACAAAAACAUAGUAGAGUUCUUCGAUCAUGGAGAUGAUCCUGCUUGGGUGUGGAUUGCCAUGGAGCUGGCCGAAGGAGGCGAUUUGUUUGACAAGAUUGAAGCCGACGCAGGCGUAUCCCAAGACAUUGCUCAUGUCUAUUUCACGCAGUUGGUCAGUGCAAUCGGCUACAUGCAUGCCAAAGGCGUGGCACAUCGCGACAUCAAACCGGAAAAUGUGCUCUUGUCCGCAGAUGGAGACCUCAAAAUAGCCGACUUUGGAAUGGCGACAUUGUUUGAAUAUCACGGCAAGAGAAAGCUGGCGACUACUCUCUGCGGAAGUCCACCUUAUGUCGCUCCAGAGGUUCUGUCGCGUAGUACACAGUCGGGCACAAAAGGAAGCGGCUAUGCAGCAGAUAUGGCAGAUAUUUGGUCUUGCGGAGUUGUUCUCUUUGUUCUUCUGGCUGGAAAUACACCUUGGAGCCGACCUGUCGAAGGACGAGACGAAUAUGGCAGAUGGAACGAAUACACCGAAUAUGUUUUAAGCAACGGAAGACCAGACGACGAGUUAUGGGACGCUUUGCCCUUGGACGUGCUUUCGCUUUUGAGGGGAAUGAUGCGGGUAGAUGUCGACACCAGGUUUUCGCUGGAGGAUAUCCGUCGACAUCCUUGGUUCACCAGGCCCAACAAGUUUAUGGACCAGAAAGGCCGAGUCAGCGACCCCAUCACCAUGGCUACGAACAUGUUUGAGGCACUCCACGUCAGCUUUGAUGCAGAUCCGUUUGCCGGAACACAGAGAAGUACACAGUCCGACAGAAUGGAUGUUGAUCAAUCUACAGUCAAAUUGGCAUCAACCCAACCUUCAGUACCAACAGAAGAUAUGUUGUUCGAUUGGGAUCGACCUAGGAAAUUUGUGGUUGCCAGCACCCAAGUUGGAACGGGUCUGGCUGGUUUGCCGGCUACACAAUCAGCAUCGAACUUCCUAGCUGACGAACCCUCAACGCAACAGUUUGCGCCAACACCGAGCGUCCCAAUGAGCCGAACACAGAUGGCUCGGAGGUUCCGUGAUAUUUUACCUGCUGAGAGUCUCACCAAAUUCUAUUCUGGCUGGACAUUGAAUUUGCUUGUUCCCCAUGUCUUGGAAGCCCUUCAUCGAUUAGGAGUGCCAACGCCGAACACUCCUCGUCCUACGGCUCAAGAUAUGCAUUGUGUGGUGAAAGUAAAGACACAGGACAGUCGAGGGUGUCCGAUGAGCGGGAACAUCGCCAUUGUUAUGGAGACUUACGAGGAUGGGCUGCUCCUAGGAGAGGUCAAUUUUGUCAAGGCUUCAGGAGAUCCAUUGGAAUGGCGGAGAUUAUUCAAGCGAGUGGCCGUCUUGUGUCAGGAAGCAGUCUUCAAGCCGGCAUAUUGACGUGGAGUCGGGCAACAUGACACAGAAAAAGCACUAGACAUGUUAUAUAAGUGAUAAUGACCGAGAUGAAGCCCCGGAUUAGGCACGACUGGGGAAAUUGAUUGAGGCUGUACUCCAUGUCUCCGCAUUAUUGAUUGAUUGCCUUUGCCUCGGUGGUGCUCGGUCUUUUUGUUG